AACAGAAAAGUUGGUUGUUAUGUGUUACACAUGUUUCUGUCUUUAUAUAUUACGAUUAUGAUGAUUGAUUUUGCAACAACAUCUUAUUAUUUGCUGAAAAUAAGCAAAAAGAAUAUGGGAAUUCUGUUUUUGUUUUAUUCGCUUGUUUGUAUUUUUUUGAUAGUUAGUGACAGUUUUACUUCUUCCUCUGUGAUGAUGCAUCAUCUUUGCUCUCCCACUGAAGCUUUUGCUUUGCUUCACUUCAAACAAUCAUUCCAAAUCUCUGACUUCCGUAGAUGUUUGGAUGUGACUGAUCUGCAGUAUGUUGAUAUCCCAAAAACAAAGUCUUGGAAUGAGGGUAGGGAUUGCUGCAGUUGGGACGGGGUCACUUGUGACUUGUUUACCGGUCAUGUUAUCGAAUUGGACCUUGGUUGCAGUCUUCUUAAUGGAGCUAUUCAUCCCAAUAGCAGCCUCUUCCAACUCCAUCAUCUCCACACACUAAAUCUUGCUUACAAUGACUUCAAUAUUUCUUCAAUCCCCCAUAGCAUUGGCCGAUUGACGAAUUUGAGGCAUCUCAACCUUUCUCGGUCUUCCUUUAGUGGAAAAAUCCCAACAGAAAUCUCACACCUUUUCAAUUUGGUUUCACUUGAUCUUUCUGAUAAUUAUGAUGGAUUACAACUUGAUGAGACAACAUUUGAAACAAUACUUCAGAACUUGACAAAUCUGGAGAGCUUUUUCCUUGUACCAAAAUUGGAAAAUCUCAAAUUGGGUGACAAUGAUCUUCUCAAAGGAGUUUUACCAAAGAUCCACCCGAGCAACACUACUCUGUUGGAGUUGGAUAUUUCUAACUCAGGAAUCUCUGGUGAGCUACCUGAUUCAAUUGGCACCUUCAGUUCCUUGGAUAUCUUGAACCUCAAAGGAUGUCAAUUCUCUGGUUCCAUUCCUGAUUCCAUUGGCAAUAUUACACAAAUUAGGUAUUUGGAUUUCAGUUAUUAUCAUCUCACCGGCCAUAUUCCUUCCACAAUCUCUAAAUUGAAGCACCUCACUAUUCUAGGUCUUUCGUCCAAUUCCUUUUCAGGUGAAAUUCCCGAUUAUUUUUCUAACCUCCAAGAGCUAAGUUAUUUAGAUCUUUCUAACAACAGCUUCAUCGGUUCAUUUCCUUCUACAAUUGUAAGCUUGACACAUCUUCAACACUUACACUUGUCAAGUAAUUCCUUAUCUGGCCCACUGCCUAAUAAUUUUAGCAUGCUUCAAAAGCUAACCCAACUGGGUUUGUGGAACAACUCACUGAAUGGUAUCAUACCAUCUUCGCUGUUUAGCCUCCCUUUGCUAGGUGAGUUGUGGCUCAAUAAUAAUCGAUUUAGUGGACUACCCAAUGAGCUCAAAAUAAACCCAAAUUUUGAACGUCUGAGUUUAAGCCAUAAUCAACUCAGUGAUUUUUUUCCUCAAUCACUUGUAAAUCUCACAAACCUUUCUAACCUUGACCUUUCAUCAAAUAACAUCACCAUCGAUGAGGGAAUACAAAUCACUUUUCCUAGCCUACAAAUUUUGAAGUUAUCAUCAUGUGAACUGAAGGAAUUUCCACACUUCUUGACAAAUGGAAAGAGACUUCUGUUCUUGGAUAUUUCUAAUAAUAAGAUUCGUGGAAAAAUCCCAAACUGGUUUAGGGGCAUAAGGUGGGACAAUUUGAGGUACCUAAAUCUUUCGCAUAAUUCUUUAACAGGCCACCUACCACAAUUUCAUUUCCAUAAUCUAGAGUUUCUUGAUCUUAAAUUUAACUCCCUUCAGGGUCCGCUACCAUCAUCCAUUUGUAACAUGAACGAUCUUGAAUUUCUAGAUAUAUCACGCAAUAACUUCAGUAACUCGAUUCCAAGUUGCUUGGGAAGCAUGUCUAGUCUAAAAGUGUUGGACUUAAGAAGGAACAAUUUCACAGGGAGUAUUCCCCCAUUAUGUGCGAAGAGCACUUCUUUGAUUACUAUUGUCUUGAAUGACAAUCAAUUUGAAGGAACUCUGCCUUUCUCGUUGAUCAACUGUAGUAAUUUAGAAGUUGCUGAUAUGGGGAAUAAUGCAAUAAAUGACACAUUUCCAGCUUGGCUAGGAACACUUGAAGAACUGCAGGUCCUAAUAUUGAAGUCUAAUUUGUUCCAUGGACCAAUUAGUUCUUGUCAGAGUACACUUUGCUUUCCCGAGUUGCGAAUUUUUGAUCUUUCGCAUAACCAAUUCAGUGGCUCACUUCCUGCAAAAGUUUUUGGAAACUUCAAGGCAAUGAUUAAAUUAGAUGGUGAAGACACAGGAAAGAUUAGGUAUAUGGAACCAGAUAUGAUUCCAUUGUACACAUCGUAUGAGGAUUCUGUGAGUUUGGUAAUCAAAGGCCAGGACAUUGAGCUAGAAAGAAUCAGCACAAUUAUGACAACCAUAGACCUCUCGAGCAACCAUUUUGAAGGUGUCAUUCCAAAAACACUAAAGGAUCUCAGCUCACUUUGGCUACUCAAUUUAUCCCAUAACAAUCUCAUAGGUCACAUUCCAAUGGAAUUGGGGCAAUUGAAUAAGCUUGAAGCGUUAGAUCUCUCCUGGAAUCGUCUCACAGGAAAGAUUCCAAGGGAAUUGACAACAAUGAAGUUUCUAGCAGUCUUAAACCUCUCUCAGAAUCUUCUUAUUGGAUCGAUUCCUCAAGGUCUACAAUUCAACACAUUUGAAAAUGACUCGUAUGGUGGUAACCUUGAUCUAUGUGGUCCUCCUUUAUCAAAGCAAUGUGGAACAAGUGAUUCAUCCCAUGUUCCUCAACCAUUGGAGUCUGAAGAUGAGUCAUAUUUUUUUUGUGGAUUUACUUGGGAAUCAGUAGUCAUAGGCUACAGCUUUGGACUAGUUGUUGGAACUGUUGUGUGGAGCCUCGUGUUUAAAUACCGUAAGCCAGAAUGGUUUGUUGAAUUUUUUGAAGGCAUUUAUCCCAAGAAAAUGAGAAGGUCAAUGAAGAGAGCUCAGAGACGACAGACUUAAUGGAAGAAUGCAAGAGUGAACUUUUCUGUUUUUUUAGUUAUCUUUUUGUUGUUUGUAUAUAUGCUUGAUAAUAAUAUAAUUGCAUGUGUUAUUUUGUGAAUUUCCACUGGAUUAAAAUAAGUGUUUUUGA